UUUUGAUCCAUUUUACUUUCAGUCCGGUUACCGAACCCAGCUCCCGGUAAUAGUCCCAACCAGAACCGGCUCCCUGCGUCAGAACUCGGUACCGUGGCCGUUCAGAAGCCCCUCCCCCUCCCAGACUCACCUGGACCUGCCGCCAUGAGAGCGGAACCUUCAGAGUGCUAGAACCCAGGAUCAUCAGCAGGUUUCUAAGACAUUACCGGGCUCUCCGAACCAGAACCUCGGAGUUAUGGAAGGGCUGGAUUCUGGGCUGAAGUUCAGGCCCAGCGAGGACUGGGACACGACGAUAGAGUUCCUGCCAAUCUCUGAUCAGAAGCGUCUGGAGAAGAAACCGUACAACCGUAGGCGGCUGUGGAUUGGACUCGGGCUAGUGCUUGGGCUGCUGGCUCUGCUGACCGGACUGCUGGUGUGGCGUUUCCACUUACACCAAGAUGUCAAGGUGAAAAAAGUCUACAUCGGCUCUGUGGGGAUCAGUGCCAAACCCUUCCUUCCGGAGUAUGAGGAUCCCAGCAGCCUCCAGUUCAAGAAGCUGGCCGAUCAGGUCAACAAGGAGCUCAGACGGAUGUACUCGGAAAACUCUGUCCUGGACAAAUACUUCACACGCUGCUCGGUCCAGGCAUUCAGCGAUGGAGACGGCGGCCCAGACAGCAUCGUGGCGUAUUACGAGUCAGAGUUCGUACUCCCCGCCCCCCAGCAGGCCUCACUGAACGAAGCCAUCCAGUCCCUGGAGCCGUCGACAGGAAGUCAGCAUGCCCAGCGAGGACGACUGAUCCUGAGACCCACCGAAUCUCUGACCCUCAGGAGCGUCUCCUCUCAAGAGCUGCUUCUGGUUCUCCAUCCUGCAGCCGCCAUCAACCACCUGGAAGUUUAA